AUAAAGUUGAAAGUUGACAUACGAGGAUCCUGAAAAGUCCUAGAUGGCAAGCAGUCAGCAUGUUUAUUCUGCAGAGUGCUGAAGUCGGUGUUUUCUGAAGGUAUAAUAGAUGCUGUGGCUGGAUGACUUGUUUCCCUGUCCUCAUCUAGCCUACAAAUAGGGCUUCUUGUUCCUUGCUGCUCAAGAAAUGUCUUCACUUUCAGAAUAUGCCUUGCGCAUGAGUCGUCUGAGUGCCCGGCUAUUCGGUGAGGUUGCCAGGCCUACUGAUUCCAAAUCCAUGAAAGUGGUGAAGCUGUUCAGUGAGCAGCCUUUGGCCAAGAGGAAGGAGACUUACGACUGGUAUCCAAAUCACAACACUUACUUUGCACUCAUGGGGAUACUACGUUCUCUUGGCCUCUACAGAGACGAACAUCAGGACUUCAAGGAUGAGCAGCUGCGUCUAAAGAAGCUUCGUGGAAAGGUGAAGCCAAGGAAAGGAGAAGGGAAGAGAGCAGCAAAAAAGAAGUAGUGCUGGUCCGCCAGGGGAGGACUUCUCUCAGCGGCUGAAAGUAGGAGGAAGGGUAUUUACCGUCCAUCCACAUCCUGGAGGAGUGUCAGCUUCGCAGGUUGAAGACUGUUUGGAGGAACACCAUCAUCUCCAUGUUGAAAUCUAACCCAGUUGAACUGUGACUGGUUUCACUGUAAUUCUGCAAAAUUAUCUGCCUUGGUUCUGUAAUCUGAAGUUUACCUUAUUCCCCAAAGAAAUGGAAUGCAUGACUA